UUUUUUUUUUUGUCAUUGAUUAACGACAAGGAUAAUUUAUAAUUAUGGGUAUUCAAGGAUUAACCAAACUGAUCGUGGAACAUGCUCCUAAUGCCAUCAAAAGCAGUGAAAUCAGUAGCCACUUUGGUAGAAAGGUAGCGAUCGACGCGUCUAUGAGCAUCUACCAAUUUAUGAUCGCAGUACGACAACAAGACGGCAAUGUACUUAUGAACGAAGCUGGUGAAACAACAAGUCAUCUUAUGGGCAUGUUUUAUCGUACGGUUCGUAUGGUGGACAAUGGAAUCAAGCCUGUAUAUGUAUUUGAUGGAAAACCACCUACAAUGAAGUCUGGAGAGCUAGCGAAACGAAAAGCUCGCAAGGAAGAUGCUCAAGAGAAAAUGGAAGAAGCGAGUGAAACAGGCACGACAGAGGAUGUGACACGAUUUACGAAACGAACGGUAAAAGUGACACCACAACACAACGAAGAAUGCAAGCGUUUAUUGAAGGCAAUGGGUAUUCCUUAUGUUGAAGCUCCAUGUGAAGCAGAGGCGCAGUGUGCAGAAUUGGCCCGUGCUGGCAAGGUCUACGCAGCAGCAUCAGAAGAUAUGGAUACCUUGACUUUCUCAGCUCCUAUUCUACUUCGACAUUUGACCUUUUCAGAGCAACGUAAACUCCCUAUCGAUGAAGUCAAUCUGGAAAAGGUGUUGGAAGGAAUGGAAUUGACAAUGUCUCAGUUUAUCGAUUUAUGUAUAUUAUUGGGAUGUGACUAUGUGGAAAGUAUCAAAGGAGUUGGACCUAUUCGUGCUUAUUCAAUGAUCAAGGAAUAUGGAUGUAUUGAAAAGGCGCUUCCUCACCUUCCUGAGAAAUUACGAAACAAUAUACCAGAAGACUGGAAAUUUGAUGAAGCUCGACAAUUAUUUAUCAAUCCUGAUGUGGCACCUGGUAACGAUUUUGAUUUGAAAUGGGAAGCUCCUGAUGUUGAAGCUGUAGUAGACUUUUUGGUCAAGGAAAAAGGAUUCAGUGAGGAACGUAUUAGAAACUCAUGUACGAAAUUGACAAAGAAUUUGAAACAAGCAACCCAAAGUCGGAUGAUGGAUUUCUUUAAAUCAGCACCUUCUGAUUUGACCAAAAGCAAGAAAAGAGCAGCUGAAGCAAACAAGAAGGAUACCAAGAAACAACGAAAAGGGAAGAAAUAAAAAAAAAAAUCAUCAUCAUUACUAGGUUUAGAUAGUCUUUUUUUUUUUUAUUAUUAUUAUUAUUUAUUCAUAUACAUCAAUAAAC